AUGCGAUACCUGCUCCCCGCUCUGUUGUGCCUCUCGCCUGUGCUGCUGGGGCCUGGCGAUGGAGUCAUUGUAUUGUCUGUCCCUGAUGUGGUUUCAUUAGAAAGUGGAAGUUCAACAAACGUCACUAUCUCUCUGAGGGCUCCAUUAAAUGAGACACUGGUGAUAGCUCUUAGUAUUACACACUCAUCAAAACACAGCACUAUUGUUGAACUGCCUGAUGAAGUACAAUUGCCUGCAGGUCACACUAAAGCAGACUUCCAAGUGAAAGCAGAUGAUGUUGGACAAGUAACAGUUUAUCUUUAUACCAUUAAUUCCAACUUAACUGGACCUAGGAUUCAAUUUCAAGUGAUUCAUAGCAUCAUAGUGAGAUACGCUGAUGAGGUGAUUGGCUGGAUCUACUUCCUUGCCUGGUCUAUCUCCUUUUAUCCUCAACUCUUUGAGAACUGGCGACGAAAAAGUGUUGUUGGACUAAGCUUUGACUUUAUAGCAUUAAACCUUACUGGCUUUAUAGCAUACAGUGUGUUUAAUAUUGGACUUUUCUGGAUCCCCUUGAUUAAGGAGGAAUUCUUAGUCAGUUAUCCCAGCGGGGUGAACCCUGUGGCUGUCAAUGAUGUUUUCUUCAGCCUCCACGCAGUAGCUCUCACUCUCCUCACCAUAAUUCAGUGCUGCAUCUACGAGAGAGCAGGUCAGAAAGUAUCCAGAGUUGUUGUUGGACUACUGGCACUUGCAUGGAUCUUCACAUUUACAACACUUUUUCUGGCUGCAGCUGAGCAAAUGACAUGGCUACAGUUCUUAUUCUGCUUCUCGUACAUUAAGUUAGCAGUCACACUGAUAAAAUAUUUUCCACAGGUAAAUCUGAAUUUCUCUGCUUUUAUACUAUAUUCCUGUCAUAAGCAUACAUGAAUUUAAAAUGUAUUUUUAGACUUCACUGGUGGAAGCUUCAGCCUUCUCCAGAUGUUUUUGCAGUCAUACAACAAUGAUCAGUGGAAGUUAAUCUUUGGAGAUCCAACCAAGUUUGGCCUAGGUGUCUUCUCUGUCAUCUUUGAUAUUGUUUUUAUGGUCCAGCACUACUGCCUUUAUAGGAGACGAGGGUAUGAACCUUGUGAAUAA